CCGAUUCCAGUGAGCUCCGGUCGGAGCACCUGUUCUUCUUACGCUCUGUUCGCUAUGCUGGCCACUGGGCCACUGACUGACCACCAUGCCAAGAACCUGUCGAAACCGCGUUGCUGUCAUUUGGCUUCCCGGAAUCGGACCGAUCGGCUUAAUCUCACCAUAAAGAGGGAGAAGAGUUUAUGUUGAUUUCCUACCGAAGGAGGCCUAUCUGCUCGGGCUUGGGAGAAACGUAGUUUGUUGAGAAACUUUGCCUUCAACGACUGGAUGUCAACUCUUACGAAAUGCUCCGACCAGCAACAUUUGGUUCGUCGAGUAUACGGUGCAUUUUGACCGUUGACAUCCUGCAAUUGUAAGAAGAAUACAGUGUGCUGUUCGAAUGGAAGAAGGUGCGUGGGAGGCCUUGUACCUUAUAAAGGGUAAUCGAUGCUUUGGGCAAUUCUCAGAGGAAAGGUAAAACGAAGAUCGGUACCUUUUAACUACUGGGAGGAAAGAAAGGUAAGAUGUUUGCCAAGAAGAAGAAAAAGCCCCAGAUCUCAACCCCUACCAACUUCGAACAUCGAGUACACACUGGAUUUGACAAGAGGGAGGGGAAAUUUGUGGGAUUACCUCUGCAAUGGGCUUCCAUUGUUGGGAAUAAUCAGAUAUUAAAAUCGACCAAUCGACCCUUGCCACUGGUCGAUCCUAGUGAAAUUACACCCACUGAAAUAUUGGACUUGAAGACAAUCGUUCGUGGACAUAACGAUCCACGGAUAGGUAAACCUACGACUGCUACUAAAAAUACUGAAAAUGGUUUACCUAAGACGAGCACCGUUGCGAGGUCUAAUUCACUUCGAUCGUCCAGCCCUCCACGUCUUAGACGUGACUAUAGGAAUAAUGCAAAUCUUCCACCGUCGGUACCCGAGGGGCAGGAAAUGUCUUCUAGCCCGUGCCAAGUUCAAACGUAUACAAACUUUGGGAAGCCACAUGUAUAUCAAGACGGUGCGAGACAAAACUCACCGAGCAUGCACGCGGGGCAAAAUCCUAACUUUCAGACAAUGAUUCCAAAUCUUCAGAACCUUAAUCCUAACAUGCAGUCAUCGCCUAAUCUGGUCCACCUUGGGUCAAACCCACAAAACUUGUCCCUCAACUUUCAGAAUUUAAGUCCAAUCCCUAAUCUGCAAGGUCCGAUCUCACAUCCGGCAACUCCUCAGACUGCCGAUCAUGAUUUUUAUAGAAUGAAUCCUUCGUCAGGGGUCUCCAGUGGUCCUUAUAAUGGAAACACACAAACCACAAACAUCGAUCCUUCUCUAAGAGAUCAUCAGAUGCCACAGAAUAUGUUGCUACAUAAAUUUCAACCGAAGAGUUCUCCGGUUGGGUCGAUAGCCUCCCAAAGACCUCUGAGUCAAUUAAGCUCCCAUAACGUUAAUAAACAUUCUCAGAGUUACGAGCUAUCGGAGAACCCUAUGGCAAUGCACCCCCACUUCCAGAAACCGAUAGAGAGCUCCCAGUCGAUGCAUAACCUCUCAAAGUCAGCCGUCAUUUCUGCCCCUGUUGGACCUGGAUCUCCUACGGAUCAAAAUCAGAACAUGAAGGCUGCGAUCUCGUCUGGGAACUUGGCUGCUGGUUCUGGUUCCGGGAUGAGUAAUAGUUCAAAUAAGCAGAACACCGAGCAGAGGCUCACUCAUGAACAAUUCAGAGCUGCUUUACAAAUGGUCGUAAGUCGUGGAGACCCUCGAGAGAAUUUGGAGAAUUUUGUGAAGAUUGGGGAAGGCAGCACAGGAACCGUUUGUAUAGCCACCGAUAAAAAUACAAACCGUCAGGUAGCUGUUAAGAAGAUGGAUCUUCGUAAGCAACAGAGGCGGGAGCUUCUUUUCAACGAAGUUGUCAUUAUGAGGGAUUACCACCAUCCGAAUAUUGUCGAGAUGUACGACAGCUUUUUAGUAGACGACGAGUUGUGGGUCGUUAUGGAGUACCUGGAAGGUGGAGCUCUGACGGACAUAGUGACGCAUUCGCGAAUGGACGAGAGCCAGAUCGCAACGGUUUGUUCGCAAUGUUUGAAACCGCUCGCCUAUUUGCACUCUCAAGGAGUUAUUCACAGGGACAUUAAGUCCGAUUCGAUUCUUCUUACCGCGGACGGUAGAGUGAAGCUGUCAGACUUUGGGUUCUGUGCCCAGGUAUCGCAGGAACUGCCCAAAAGGAAAUCACUCGUGGGGACGCCAUAUUGGAUGAGUCCAGAAGUUAUAUCUAGGUUACCCUACGGUCCAGAAGUUGAUAUUUGGUCGCUGGGAAUAAUGAUCAUCGAGAUGGUCGACGGAGAGCCACCGUUCUUCAACGAACCGCCCCUUCAAGCCAUGCGUCGCAUCAGAGACAUGCCACCGCCUAAGUUAAAGAACUCACAAAAAGUCAGUCCACGGCUCCAAGGCUUUCUGGAGAGAAUGUUGGUUCGCGAUCCCGCACAGAGAGCUACUGCCGCGGAGUUACUGCAACAUCCAUUCCUAAGACAAGCCCAGAGUCCGAGUAUAUUGAUACCUUUAAUGCGAGGUGCCAGGCAUACUAAUUGCUAACGUCCGAUCGAGGAAGAUUACCGAUUUCGACGAUGAACUGAAAUAACGUGUCCACGGUCGGCGGUUCGUAACGCAUUAGUUCGACGAAUCGCCGUUGGGCGUUACUGAUUAAUUUUAACGAGGGCGUUGUUUCCGAACUCCGCCCUAUACCGCAACUUUGCAUUCCGAUCUAAACCUGUCAGUAUGUAAUUUUAGCGUUUUACAAUGCACGAUCUGAAUUAGGAGUACAAUGCGGACCAUAAUUCCAUUUAUGACCGUGUUAAAUGACCGUCCGAGGAACAUUAUCAACGUACGUUUAACCAGCGGUGUCGGAAGCAUGUAAAACUGUAACGCGCUUCAAACCUGUCUGUAGAGAUAUUUCGUAGAGACAUAAAAGGUUGCAAUAAUCUACCGAAAAUUACCGACACGGGGGAAAGAAAUGUAUCCGAUACAGGUAAUUGCACGUUGCAUAAUGUUUUGUCGAUUAUUAUAAUCUAAGUGCCUUGACAAACUCGAGAUGGGGGGAUGGCAGCGAUAUUUUUAAAGGAGAUGUAUAUAAAUAUAGAGUCAUACUACAGUUAUCCGAAUCACUGGUUCGCCAUUUCUGUUUUAAAUUAGGAGCGUGCCAAGCCUGAGAGAUUGUCAACCGACGCGUAGAGAGAUGCCACGUUUCGUGAUUCCGUUCUUUUUUCUUUUUUUUUCUUCCUGGGCGAAUACAAAUUUGUAUAUCAGUAUUCUUUAGGCAGCUAGCAUCGGUCGAAUCUUCUGACGAUCUACCAAAGUAAGCGCGGUGUAUAGAAUGUCCGAUACUUUCGACGAGCAAAUAAGUUUAGCCGUAGAAAUUUUCGACGUAUCACUUAAGCUUUAGUUUAACGAUCAGGGUUUAAGUUCAUCCAUUGCGCGAUUAACCUUAUCCUUACGGGCGGCUAGCACUUUUACUUGACAGUCCUCCCAAUUAACAAGAGCAUCGGUGUAGAGAUUUAAAAGCUGUACGUCGAAAACCUGUUUCUGUACUUACUGCGAACAUUAUGUAUGAAAGGAUUCAUUUAAUACAUUACAUUAUACAAAGUA